GGCCGAUCGACAGGGACUCCCGCGGACUGACCCUUUGAUCGUCAUCCUCAACUCUGACCCGCGCAAAUACUGGUCCUCUACACCCUGCGACGCUUAUCCGAUCCAUCUGCCUCCCCAUCGCCUCCUCUCAGCGCCUACCGGAUGUUGAUGCGUUUGUGCGGAUGGAUGAUGUCGACGGCAAGCGCUGGGCGGGACGGUGAUCUGUGUCGGCCGUCCGUCACGUGCACACGCGUCCCGGCUUUGUGCUGGCGAUCUGAUCUGGCCCGCUGUGUCCUCCUGCGCUUGCCUGUAUCGCUUCCGCAAGCUCAUCCAGAGCGAGCCCCGCCCCGCAGAGACCCAUCCAGAGCAACCGACGGACAUGAUUGCUGCACGCAUAUCGCUGCGCUUGGCUCGCCCCUAUGCCCUUGCCGUAGGGCGACAGCAGCGGGCCAUCCACCAGUGCCGCACCCUGCUUCACGGCCAUCCCGCUUCGCUCAAGGACCUCGAUCGGCUGCUGGUCAAGGACGGAGCAACCCAGACGAUCCGGGGCAUUGCAAAAGAGCCUGAGACCGUCUUGGCCAAGCACAUCAAGGACACCAUCAAGAUAGCAGGGCCUCUAUCUGUCGGCCAGUACAUCCGCCAGGCCCUGACCCAUCCCCUCGGCGGCUACUACAUGAAAGGCGAUGUCUUUGGUGUCCAGGGCGACUUUACGACGUCUCCAGAGAUCAGCCAAAUGUUUGGCGAGCUCGUGGGUGUUUGGUUCAUCACUCAGUAUCAGGCCUUGAAUGGCCCGGACAAGAUCCAGCUUGUCGAGCUUGGUCCCGGCCGUGGAACGCUCAUGUCGGAUAUCCUGAGAACACUCGAGACAUUCCCGUUUCUCCAUAACAAGAUCGAGGCCAUCCACCUCGUCGAGGCAUCGCCGCACCUGAAGCGUGUCCAGGCCAAAGCUCUCACAGGCCAGACCAUGGAAUCCAGCGACUUCAAGAGCCUCAAGACCCCGAGCGGCGUUGAAGUUUUCUGGCAUGAGAACUUUGAAAACGUGCCAGGCGGCCGAUGCUCCAUGUUUAUCGCCCACGAGUUCUUCGAUGCGAUGCCAAUCUACAAAUUCGAGAUGACCGAGCACGGAUGGAGAGAAAUCAUGGUCGACAUUGAUGAAAGCGAUAGCAGCCCGUAUCAUUUGCGCUUCAUCCGCGCUCCUUCCAACACCAAGGCCGCCGCCACGAUGAUCCAGGGCGAGCGGUAUGCGAACUACAAGCAGGGCGAGCGCAUCGAGAUCGCCCCCGAGUCAUGGGGCUUCGCCAAGCAGAUCGGAGAGCGCAUCAAAGCCGAUGGAGGUGCAGCCCUGGUCGUUGACUACGGCCGCAACCACAUCCUGGGGGACAGUCUGCGGGGGAUCCGCAAGCACAAGUUCACACACGUUUUUGAGCAGCCGGGUGACUGUGAUUUGAGUGCCGAUGUGGACUUUUCAUUCGUGGCCGACGCCGUCCAGGCUUCGGGCAGCCACGCACACGGACCGAUCACCCAGGGCACCUUCCUGCGGGCCAUGGGCAUUGGCACUCGCCUGCAGGAGCUGCUCAAGGUGGCCCAGACACAGGACAAGCGCAAGGAGAUGGUUCAGUCGUUCGAGCGGCUUGUUGGGCCGCUGGGAAUGGGUCGGGUCUACAAGUUCCUGGCGAUCACCGGCUCGAGCGAGGCGCCGUAUCCGUUCCUGGGUGUCGAGGAUCCCGAGCUGGACACUGGCGCUGGCGAGGACGGCCCGACGCCGUCGCUGAAGCAAUAAACGGACCGCAAUCGCUGGACUUUGGCUCAGGACAUGCUGGCGGGUGGCUGCGUGUGGCGGCGGAUCACUCAUGCGACAUGUCGCCCAGAACUCUGUGGCGAGACGUUGACACGUCUG